CUAUUCCAAUGGCAGUUGCCCAUGGAAAACUGAAAGCGAGCCAUUGAAAAAACUAAAGCGAUACACACAUAGAGAGAGAGAGAGAGCAACCCACACAUAUACACAUUUGAGAGAGAGAACGACUCUCUGUUUGUAUCAUCAUCAGAUCUGGAGAUCUAGGCAGUCCUUCCCUCCCUCCGUCCAAUUCCAUUAUUGGAAGAAAGCACAGAGCAGUGUUUGGUUGAUGGAAAAUGGAAUACAUAGACAACUUGCCUCCCAUGGAUCUGAUGCGCUCCGAGAAGAUGGUUUUCAUUCAGCUCAUCAUGCCUUUCGAGUCCGCUCAACGUGCCAUCUCUUACCUCGGCGAACUCGGCCUUCUUCAAUUUUCUGACUUAAAUGCUGAUAAAAGCCCAUUCCAACGAACAUUUGUUAAUCAGGUAAAAAGAUGUGCAGAGAUGUCAAGAAAGUUACGUUUUUUCAAAGAUCAAAUACAGAAAGCUGGUUUAAUGUCUUCCGUUCAUCCUGUUUUGCAACCGGAUGUGGAGUUGGAGGAAUUAGAGUUACAACUCGCUGAGCGUGAACUUGAGUUAAUUGAAAUGAAUAAUAACAGUGAGAAGUUACAGCAAACAUACAAUGAGCUUCUGGAGUUCAAGAUGGUUCUGCAGAAGGCAAGUGAUUUCCUUGUUUCAAGUAAGAGUCAUGCAAUUGCAGAGGAAAGAGAGUUAGAUGAUCAUGUGUACUCGAAUGAUGUCUAUGCAGAUACAGCAUCUUUACUUGAACAGGAGAUGCAACCUGGGCCAUCAAAUCAAUCUGGUUUAAGAUUUAUUAGUGGCAUUAUCAUUAAAUCCAAAGCUCUUAGGUUUGAGCGGAUGUUGUUUCGUGCUACAAGAGGCAACAUGCUUUUCAAUCAGGCACCAACUGAUGAACAAAUCUUCGAUCCUGUAUCAACUGAAAUGGUUGAGAAAAUUGUUUUUGUAGUGUUCUUCUCGGGGGAGCAAGCAAAGACAAAAAUUUUGAAAAUUUGUGAAGCAUUUGGUGCAAAUUGCUAUUCUGUACCCGAAGAUAUAAUGAAACAGAGGCAACUAACUCAAGAAGUUUUGUCACGUCUCUCUGAAUUGGAAGCCACCUUGGAUGCUGGAACCCAUCACCGAAAUAAGGCUCUUACUUCCAUUGGAUUUCAGCUAACAAAAUGGAUGAACAUGGUCAGAAGGGAGAAAGCUGUGUAUGAUACACUGAACAUGCUGAAUUUUGAUGUUACAAAAAAAUGUCUUGUUGGGGAGGGCUGGUGUCCAAUAAUUGCCAAAACUCAGAUUCAUGAAGCACUGCAACGGGCUACAAUUGAUAGCAAUUCACAAGUGGGUAUAAUAUUUCACACAAUGGAUGCUGUGGAACCACCUCCAACAUACUUCAGAACCAACCACUUUACAAAUGCAUUUCAGGAAAUUGUUGAUGCAUAUGGUGUUGCUAGAUACCAGGAAGCAAAUCCAGCUGUUUAUACUGUUAUUACAUUUCCGUUUCUUUUCGCUGUGAUGUUUGGGGACUGGGGUCAUGGAAUAUGCUUGUUGUUGGGAGCCUUAGUCCUUUUAGCUCAUGAAAGUAAGCUUGGUUCACAGAAACUUGGCAGCUUUAUGGAGAUGCUAUUUGGUGGCCGUUAUGUGCUCCUUUUGAUGUCGCUGUUUUCAAUUUAUUGUGGGUUAAUUUACAACGAGUUCUUUUCUGUUCCUUAUCACAUAUUUGGGGGGUCUGCUUACAAAUGCCGAGAUACUACAUGCAGUGAUGCACAAACUGUUGGUUUAAUCAAAUUCCGAGAUCCAUAUCCAUUUGGUGUCGAUCCCAGCUGGCGUGGAAGUCGUACAGAACUUCCUUUCUUGAACUCUCUUAAAAUGAAGAUGUCUAUUUUGUUGGGUGUGUUCCAGAUGAACUUAGGAAUCAUAAUAAGUUACUUCAAUGCUCGUUUCUUUAGCAACUCAGUGGAUAUUUGGUAUCAGUUCGUGCCGCAGAUGAUCUUUCUAAACAGCCUUUUUGGGUAUUUAUCACUUCUCAUUAUCAUCAAGUGGUGCACCGGUUCUCAAGCUGACCUUUAUCAUGUGAUGAUUUACAUGUUUUUAAGUCCCUUUGAGGAUCUUGGUGAGAAUCAGUUGUUUUGGGGCCAGAGAGUACUUCAGGUCAUAUUGUUGCUUUCAGCAGUUGUUGCGGUUCCAUGGAUGCUUUUUCCAAAACCUUUUAUUUUGAAGAAACUUCACUCUGAGAGAUUUCAAGGGCGUACAUACGGGAUGCUUGGAACCUCUGAGAUGAUGGAUCUGGAUGCGGAACCUGAUUCUGCAAGGCAGCAUCAUGAGGAAUUUAAUUUUAGUGAGGUCUUUGUACAUCAAAUGAUACAUUCUAUUGAGUUUGUUCUAGGUGCUGUUUCCAAUACUGCAUCAUACCUUCGGCUUUGGGCUUUGAGCCUGGCCCAUUCUGAAUUAUCAACAGUUUUCUAUGAGAAAGUCCUCCUCCUUGCCUGGGGGUAUGAUAACAUCAUAAUCCGGUUGGUGGGGCUAACGGUUUUUGCCUUUGCAACAGCCUUCAUACUGCUAAUGAUGGAGACCCUCAGUGCUUUCCUUCAUGCCUUGCGUCUCCACUGGGUCGAAUUCCAGAACAAGUUUUAUCAUGGAGAUGGUUAUAAGUUCAAACCUUUUUCCUUUGCUUUAUUACCUGACGACGACGACUAGAGUUCAUUUCUACUUCAAUUCUCUCAUUUUUAUUCUUUGGCAAUGAAGAAAGUGCAAUGAAAAAGAGCAAGGAACUUUCCACAACACCACCAAAUCCAAGGGUUUAAUGGAGAACAUUCCUACAAACCCAACUUUGGCUGCAGGCAGGCAGGCAGGCAGGGAAGAAUUCUUAGCUUUUAACAGCAUGCGGCUCGAUUAGCUUAGAAAUGUAAAAUCUUAUCUUAGCUCAGAUUCUUCGGAUUUUGUGGGUAUACAAGGAUUCUACUUAGAUCACCAAAUUGUAAUUUUCCUUCCCCUAAGUCUAGAUACAAAACGAACAGAUUAAAUGAUUUUGAUCAUAUACACCAGAUGAUGGGGUCUAUCAUUUAAGAUUAAAGAGACUCUUUCACUCAUAUUGAA